AUGGUUAUCCUUAUACAUAAAGCUAUUGCAAUCAAUUUUAAAAGGAAAAAGAAAUCAAAGAGAGAGAAACCGAUACAUGUGCCAAAUAAAUGCCCAUUUAAAGAAGAAGUCCUUUUGGAAGCUGAACGUGCCCGAGAAAAUAUGGAAAAAAUUAAGGAAGAAAAAAAGCGCUUGGCGAAACAACGGCGCUUUGGCGAAAAAAACAAAUUAUUUCUUCCAAAUAGUAUAGAAGAUUUUGCAAAUAAUGCAACACAGCGGGAUAUUAAUUUUUCUCAAAAAAAUUCGUCUGAAAUAGAGGAGAAUAAAAAGUUGAAGAAUAUAACUGAUAAGCAAAUAAAUAUGUAUGCAAAUGAAGUACGGAAGACUAUAGAAAGUGCUGAUAUUGUCAUUGAAGUAUUAGAUGCUCGUGAUCCGCUCGGUAGCCGAAAUCAAAAUGUUGAACAUAUUGUGGUCAGUAGUGGUAAACGUUUAGUGCUUUUGUUGAACAAAAUCGAUCUCGUGCCUAAGGACAAUGUAUAUAAGUGGCUGAAAUAUCUUAGAACGCAAUUUCCAACCAUAGCAUUCAAAGCAUCUACUCAAGAACAAAGUCACAAUCUUGGUCGUUUUUCUUUCUCUACUUUGCGUGCAAAUAGGUCAAAAUGUUUUGGUGCUGAAAUCGUUAUGAAUCUUUUAGGUAAUUAUUGCAGGAAUAAAAACACUAAAAUGUCGGUAAGAGUUGCAGUUGUCGGAUAUCCUAAUGUUGGUAAGAGUAGUGUGAUCAAUAGUCUAAAGCGAAAGCGCGUUUGUGAUGUGGGAGCUAUACCCGGAAUCACCAAACAAAGCCAAGAAGUUGAGCUCGAUAAACACAUUCAUUUGCUUGAUUCCCCUGGUGUUAUUUUAGCAAAUAAGAAUGAACUUGACAAUGUUGAAUAUGCGCUAAAAAAUGCAAUUCGUAUCGACAACCUAUCAGAUCCUAUAACUCCUGUACAAGCAAUUUUACGGCGCUGCUCUAAAGAUAUGCUUAUGCUGCACUAUUCGAUCGCAAAUUUUGAAAACGUUGAUGAUUUUCUUGCUCAGAUUGCUCGGAAAAUUGGCAGAUUGAAAAAGGGUGCUCGCCCAGAUAUAAAUGCUGCAGCAAAACGAGUUCUAUAUGAUUGGAACAAUGGUAAACUUCGUUAUUAUACGGAACCACCGGAGGCCGAAAGUGAACAGACGAUAAAUGCCUCUGUAAUCUUAAAUGAAUUUUCUUCCGAAUUCGAUUUGGAUUCAUUAAAAUUGGAUGAAGAAAAACUUUUUAGUGUCUCUAUUAUGGUAGCUUUUAGUAUACUGUAG